AUGCUGCACCAGCUGGCGCGCUUCCUGGAUGGACAGUCCUUCUUCCGGCCACCCGAGAUAUCGGUCCUGCUGAGAGCCUUGCAGCGAAACAGGCCUUUCGACCGGCGCCGCUUCUUCGAAGGCCUCGGCGGCUGCCGCCGCCGCGGCGGAUCUGCCGGUGGAUGGGAGCAGCAGCCCGUGGCAGAGGUCCUACGCCCGUGGCUUGAAUUCGAGCAAAUUCUGGCACGGGUGCGCGCAGUACGGUUGCAUGCGGCUAUUUAUGGACAAGGCCUGUCUGUCCAGAUGGCCUUCCAGCGUUACGACGUGAACCAGUCGGGGCUUCUGGAGCCCAUGGAGCUGUGUCGCGCGCUGCGGGAGCUGGGCUUCGCGUUCGACGCCUUCGAGGUGGCCAACUGGAUCGAAGCUGUGGACACCACUGGCAACCACUGUGCUGACUACGCGGAGUUCCUAGCCUUCUGCAAGCUGCAGGUGGAUGCAUUGCUAGGCACUGGCCACGUGCCCAAAGCAGCGCUGGCUGCUGAUGCCACGCCCCUUGUGGUGGAUCGACGGCCCUCGCUGCCCAAGGAGGAGCAGCCGGCGCCGCAAGAGUCUGCGAAUCCCGCAACGGAAGCACCACCCGCGCUCCCAGAACUGCAUCGACACACCAGCGAGAUUGUGAGGCCAGAUGAAAUUGAGGAGGAGAGCUGCUGGAGCGCCGAGCCGAACAGAAGCGCCAGGAUGCGGAGGAGGCCCGCGCCAAGGCAGAGGUGGAAGAAGCGAUUGAAGUUUUGGUGGAGGAAGAGCUGGGAAUGA